GAGAGAGAGAGAGAGAGAGAGAAAGAGAAUCUGCAGUUUACCGAAAGAAAAGAGAGUGGACUAUGGCAUCGAAGCUCUGCGACUCGUGCAAAUCGGCAACGGCGACGCUGUUCUGCCGAGCAGACUCCGCCUUCCUUUGCGUGGGCUGCGACUCCAAGGUCCACGCGGCCAACAAGCUCGCGUCCCGCCACGCGCGCGUCUUGGUCUGCGAGGUCUGCGAGCAGGCUCCCGCCCACGUCACGUGCAAGGCUGACGCCGCCGCCCUCUGCGUCACGUGCGACCGCGACAUCCACUCCGCCAAUCCCCUUGCCCGCCGCCACGAGCGAGUCCCCGUCACGCCCUUCUACGACACAGUCGCCGUGAAGUCCGGAGCCGCCGCCAACCUCCUCGACGACCGUUACUUGUCCGACGGUGAUGUAAGCAGAGAAGAGGCCGAGGCCGCCUCUUGGUUGCUCCCAAACCCUCCCACCAACCCUGCCAACAACAAGGUGACUGAGAAUCCGGAUCUGAAUACGGGACAGUUCGUGUUUCCGGACAUGGAUCCCUAUCUGGAUCUGGAUUACGGACACGUGGAUCCAAAGUUAGAAGCGCAGGAGCAGAACAGUUCGGGUACUGACGGAGUCGUGCCCGUUCAGAGCAAGAGUGUUCAUCAGCUCAGUGACAACUGCUUCGAUCUCGAUUUCUCCGCUUCCAAGCCCUACGUCUAUGCCUACAACACUCACUGUCUCAGUCAGAGUAUGUCUUCCUCCUCGCUCGACGUUAGCGUGGUACCGGAUGGCAGCGCGGUGACCGAUGUGUCCGAUUCUUACGGUAAACCCGUGAUGGAGUCUGCGAAUCGGACGGUUCAGAUAUCAUCGGCCGAUCGUGAAGCGAGGGUGCUGAGGUACCGAGAGAAGAGGAAGAACCGAAAGUUCGAGAAGACGAUCCGGUACGCCUCCCGAAAAGCCUACGCAGAGACGAGGCCGCGAAUCAAAGGGAGGUUCGCUAAGCGGGUGGACAUGGCGGAUGUCGAAGUUGAUCGUGUAUGUGGCGGGUACGGCGUCGUUCCGUCGUUUUAAGCUUGAUUUGCCGUCGUAAUAAAUUGACGCUUUUUUGUGUAUAUACUUUUGUUAAGGUGUUUGAUCGACCGUUGAUUUUGUAGAAAAAGUUAAUGGUAUGUUGUAGCAAUUAAUGGAAUUUUGCUUUUCUCCUUC